AUGGCCAACCCCAACUUCCUCAUAGUGGCUUUUGCUGGCCAAAGCCACAUAAAUCCCGCCUUCCAGCUCGCAGGCCGCCUCCUCCGGACUGGCGCUUCCGUCACGUUCACCACCACGACAACCGCUCACCGUAGCAUGAGCGGGAUCCAAGCCUCCGACCGCCUGACAUUUGCCACCUACUCCGAUGGCGCCGAAGAGGGUCCUAAACCAAGUCUUAAGCCUGAGCAGCAUAUGGAGGACUCCGCCCGGCGGUGCUCGGAAGCCGUGAGACAGAUCAUCGAGGCGAGCCGUGAUAAGGGAGAGAACUUCACGUGCAUAUUUUAUACGGCGGUUGCAUCUUGGGUGGGCGAAGUCGCGCGUUGUUAUGACAUCCCGUCUGGUGUGCUUUGGAUUCAACCAGCAACGUUGUUCGAGAUAUAUUACUAUUACAUCAAUGGCUACGGUGACAGUAUCACAAAUGAGAGCAAUGAUCCUUCAUCGCCGACUCAAUUACCAGGACUGCCGCCGCUCACGGGCCGCGACGUCCCUACUUUCUUGACCCCCGGGAGCCCAUUUCGUUUUCUUUUCACUUUGAUUGAAAAGGAAAUCCAAUCGCUCAAGGGGGAUAGGAAAGCAAGAUUGCUUGUGAAUACUUUCGAUGCACUAGAAUCGGAGCAAUUGAACGCUAUUGAUGAACUCAAAAUGGUGGCCGUCGGGCCGCUACUGCCUUCCUUGGAGGGACGAGGCUCUUUCGGCGCAUCGCCAGGAGGCGACCUCUUCCUAGGUUCGAGGGAUUACAUUGAGUGGUUAGACACACAGCCUGCGGCCUCGGUGGUUUACAUAUCAUUCGGAAGUAUCUCCGCCCUUUCGAAGCCACAAAAGGAAGAAAUGGCACGCGGGCUGUUAAGCACCGGCCGGCCGUUCUUGUGGGUGAUCAAGAAAGCAUUGAUCAUGGAUGGCGGGGAUGGGGACGGGAAGCAAGAGGAGUCAGAGGAUCAAUUGAGCUGUAUGGAAGAGUUACAGAAACAAGGGAUGAUCGUGCCAUGGUGCUCUCAAGUCGAGGUCCUGUCGCACCCGUCGGUAGGGUGCUUCGUCACGCACUGUGGCUGGAACUCGACACUUGAGAGUGUGGUCUGCGGGGUGCCGAUGGUGGCCUUCCCGCUGUGGGCCGACCAGCUGACCAACGCCAUGCUCAUCCAAGAUGUUUGGAAGGUUGGGGUGAGGGUCAGCGGGAAUGAACGGGGCGUCGUGGAGGGAGAGGAACUCACAAGGUGCUUGGAGAUGGUGCUGGGAGGCGGCGAGAGGAGCGAGGGAAUGAGGGGGAACGCCAAGAGGCUGAAGGAGGCGGCACGAGAGGCUGGCAAAGAAGGUGGGUGUGCGGACAAGAAUCUCAAGGCCUUACUGGAAGAGCUUGUUUCUGGCUGA